CGGGGGAGCCGGGCCCAGCCGCCGCCGCUGCCGCCGCUCCGGGAGCGGCGAGAGACGGAGCCGGGCGGGCGGGCGCGGGGAGGGGGCCCGGGGCUGCGCGCGGCCGCCGCCGCCGCCACCACCACCACCACUGGCACCGCCACCACCGAGAGUUGGAAGAACACAGGGAUUUCAAGCUUUGAAUGUCGGGCGUCUUACAAGAUUACCGCAGCUAAGCUGAGAAGACAGAUGCAGCUCUGAGUACCAGAUUGAUUGAGCUGGUGUGUACUGCAUGUACAUGAAAACGCACAUAUCCUUGUCAUCACAUAGACUUGCUCUUGUGUAUUCCUGAGAGCUUUGCAAUUGAUGAAAAUUAAUUUAAGAAUCAGAUGGAGCACCUUUCCAGCACAGGAAUCGGUAACCCAUGGAAAGACAGCUGCCAGUAAUGUUCAGCUUUCCCCAUGGUCUUCACGGGUGAAAAAAGUUUGCAAGAAGAGGAAGAAAAAACACGCUACACACUGAAAAGGCCUAAUAAAUACCUCCACAAUCUAAAUCAAUAACUGUGAGGGAAACAGAAGAAUACCGAGGGCAGAGGAAACUGAUUUUGUUAUUGCAGAGGAAUAAUGUAUGAUCUUUGGCACAUUUUGCUUUGGCCUCAAUAGUUUGUGAAUGGACUAAUAAAUCGUGACCACAUGUUGAGCAAUGAUGACUGGAAGUAAGUAAGUUGAGGAACUAUGGGACAAGUCUGGGCAUUGAACUGAGCAAACCUCGUCAUCCUUCUUGAGUUAACCAGGUCAUCGCCUUGCAUAUUCUUUCUCCCUCUCCUUUUUCCUCUUUUCACUUAGUGUGGUAUAAAUACUAAUUGAUUGAGCUCAUAAAUGUUACUCAAAUAAAACGAUUGGAAUACUUCAUAUGUUUCCUUCUUGUACAGCUGCAAAUGUUGUGUCUGGAACUAUGAAUCUGUGCUGUAGACAAGCAUCAAGAAGGAAAGAUCCGAUCAAACAAGCAAGGAGAAUACCUAGAGAAAUAGUGAAACCAGGAAGUCAGAUUUUUAAUGCUGCUUCUUUUUCUUUUUUAGAUGAUUAUAUUUCUUCCUUCCUUGAAUUUUAGAAGAUUUUGAAAGAGUGCUUACUUGAUGUGCUUUAAUUCUGGCAUUUGUUUUUUACAGUAGGAUGAAAAGUCUGUGAUUCCUUGUAGCAGAAAAAAGGGAAAAGUAAAGGAAAACAAGCUUGACAUUUUAGCCUGUUUUGGAGGAGAGACAACUUCAUGGUUCACCUGAGGCAAACUUACCUGCUUUGAAAGCUAAAAGCUUUAGAGUGUUUUUGAUUCCACUAUAAAUGAAGAGGGGGUUUCUUUUUCAUUCGUGUGUGGCGGCAAAAAGUGGGAAAGCAGGCAAGAUAGCGUGAUAAACAGUUCAGGCUGUGUUGGGUCUCUGGUGGAAAAAAAGUGCUGCAAUGAAAAUUGGAUUGGCUUUGGAUUGCAAAAACUUUUGAGUCCAACGAGCAGUUCAAGAGGGAUUUCACAUCUGGCCUGGCACACCAGUGCCUGCACAAGUUUGGGUCUGUUGUUUCGCACGGUUUGUGUGCCUUUUUUUCCCUUUAUGCAAUCUCUUUCAGCUUUAGCAGCAGAAAUACAUCAGAUGGAAAAGAUAUGCCAGAGGGCAGCUUGGAAAAGAUGAAUGUCAUAUAUAUACAUAUAUAUGUAUGUGCGUGUGUUUAAAUUUCUGCAACUGAACUUUUGAAGAAAAUCUGACUGGAGGAAAUCUUAAAAGCCUUAAGUUACUUGAAACCUACACAUUUGCAACUCUUUGUCUCUGGAAUUGCAUUACGCUAAACUGGAAUCUCAGGCUGUAUAAAGAUUAUAUCAAGUUGAGCAAAAAGAUGACUUAACCAUUUCUUGAGCGCCUCUUAUGAAGUAGCUGUUUCUCCAAAGGAUAAGUGCACCCUCACUCUACAGACUCGAAAACAAAAAUGAACCUGAAUUUUUUUUUAAGCGUUACUUUUUCUUAGCCAACUGCCAUCAUCUUUUAUAGAGGAAUUUUUCACUAUGCAUUUGGUGGAUAUUUAUAAACACUGACCCCAUCCUCCUCCCUUUCAAUGAUCUAUCCCAGGUCAGUCUUAUCAAUAAAAAAAAAAAUUGAUUUAAAUUUUGUGCACUAGACACAUUACUUUCUUAUGUCAAAAAAUAAAAUAUUUAAAAAGCAUGUAUGCAGCAGUGGAACAUGGGCCUGUUCUUUGCAGCGAUUCCAACAUCCUCUGCCUCUCCUGGAAAGGGAGAGUUCCCAAAAGCGAGAAGGAGAAGCCCGUGUGCAGGAGGCGGUACUAUGAGGAAGGCUGGUUGGCAACAGGCAAUGGCAGAGGAGUUGUAGGCGUCACUUUUACUUCCAGCCAUUGCAGGAGGGACCGGAACACCCCUCAGAGAAUCAACUUCAAUUUGAGGGGCCACAACAGCGAGGUUGUGCUGGUUAGAUGGAACGAACCAUUUCAGAAAUUAGCAACCUGCGAUGCAGAUGGAGGAAUAUUUGUUUGGAUACAAUACGAAGGCAGAUGGUCUGUGGAGCUUGUGAAUGAUCGUGGGGCACAGGUAAGCGACUUUACAUGGAGCCAUGAUGGGACUCAAGCCCUUAUCUCCUACAGAGAUGGAUUUGUGCUGGUCGGUUCAGUCAGCGGACAAAGACACUGGUCUUCAGAAAUAAACUUGGAGAGUCAGAUCACGUGUGGCAUAUGGACUCCAGACGACCAACAGGUACUGUUUGGCACUGCUGAUGGUCAGGUUAUCGUCAUGGACUGCCAUGGCCGAAUGCUGGCCCAUGUGCUCCUUCACGAGUCAGAUGGCAUCCUCAGCAUGUCCUGGAACUACCCCAGCUUCCUGGUGGAGGACAGCAGCGAGAGCGACACAGACUCCGACGACUAUUCCCCACCGCAAGAUGGACCAGCCGCAUACCCAGUCCCAGUGCAGAACACCAAGCCACUACUGACUGUCAGCUUCACGUCAGGAGACAUCAGUUUAAUGAACAAUUACGAUGACCUCUCUCCUACUAUCAUCCGCUCAGGGUUGAAAGAUGUGGUGGUCCAGUGGUGUACGCAAGGAGACCUACUUGCAGUAGCAGGGAUGGAGAAGCAGUGUCAGCUUGUUGAACUUAGCAAUGGCUCCCUGUUGAAAAGCGCACUUGUCAAGUUCUACAACGUGCGUGGGGAACAUAUCUACACUUUGGAGACACCUGUGCAGCGUCCCAUCAUCUCGAUCUGCUGGGGUCACAGGGAUUCACGCCUGCUGAUGGCUUCUGGACCGGCGUUAUACGUUGUCAGAGUAGAGCACAGGGUCUCCAGUCUGCAGCUCCUGUGCCAGCAGACCAUCGCUAGCUGUCUGCGGGAUGACAAGGAUAUCAGCAAGCUGACCCUGCCCCCUCGGCUCUGCUCAUACCUCACCACUGCCUUCAUACCAACAAUCAAGCCUCCUAUCCCAGACCCAAACAAUAUGAGAGAUUUUGUCAGCUACCCAACAGCUGGCAAUGAACGGCUUCACUGCACGAUGAAGCGGACAGAAGAUGACCCAGAGGUCGGUGGUCCAUGUUAUACUCUGUACUUGGAAUAUCUUGGGGGACUGGUGCCCAUCCUCAAAGGACGUCGUAUCAGCAAGUUGCGGCCAGAGUUUGUCAUCAUGGAUCCUAAAACAGAUGGAAAAGCAGAUGAAAUCUAUGGAAACAGCUUGAUUUCCACUGUGAUUGACAGCUGCAACUGCUCUGACUCCAGCGAUAUCGAACUGAGUGAUGACUGGGCAGCAAAAAAGUCUCCCAAAAUCAGUCGAGCUAGCAAAUCACCCAAACUCCCCAGAAUCAAUAUAGAAGCUCGCAAAUCUCCAAAGAUGUCACGAGCCACGCAGGAGAUAUCAAGAUCACCAAGGUUACCAAUAAGGAAACCUUCUAUUGGUUCACCAAGCCUAACCCGAAGAGAGUUUCCUUUAGAAGAUAUUACUCAGCACAACUACCUUGCUCAGGUCACAUCUAACAUCUGGGGAACCAAAUUUAAAAUUGUGGGUUUGGCUGCUUUCCUACCAACGAACCUUGGUGCAGUAAUAUAUAAAACCAGUUUGCUGCACCUUCAGCCCAGGCAGAUGACAAUAUAUCUCCCAGAAGUACGGAAGAUUUCAAUGGACUACAUUAACCUGCCUGUCUUUAAUCCAAAUGUUUUCAGUGAAGAUGAAGAUGAUUUACCGGUGCCUGGGGCGCCCGGAGCCCCCGCCAGCAGCCCGCCCUGCACCGUCAACAUCCCCAUCGCGCCCAUCCACAGCUCGGCCCAGGCCAUGUCGCCCACGCAGAGCAUUGGCCUGGUGCAGUCACUGCUGGCUAACCAGAACGUGCAGCUGGACGUGCUGGCCAACCCGCCGGCCGAGGCGGGUGGCGAGGGGACGGGACCCUUCCCGGGGGCCCCGGGGCGCUUCCCUGGCCCUGGCCCCGGCCCUGGGGCGAUGGCAGCAGUGGCGGCGGCGGCCAGCGGGGAGCUGGGCCGCACCAUCCCUGCGCCCCCCACCAUUGCCCCGCCACCCCCCGCCAUGGCCCUCGCUGACCUCCGGGACCACGGUGACCGCGAUCACGAGCCCCCUCCCAAGGCCAAGGCCCCGCGGCCAGGGCCGCAGCUGGUGGAAGGCGAUGCCGUCAUCUUUGGGGCCGCCCAGGAGCUGCAGCUGAACAAGAUGAACCCCCCGCCACCAUACCCCGGCACCGUUCCUCCUGCCGGGCCCCCGCCACCACCGCCCGGCCCCCCGCCGCCGCCCCUUGACCUCUGCCUGAAAAAGGGGGAGUUCUCCCUCUACCCAGCCGGGCACUACCAGCCACCGCUGGGGUACGAGCGGAUAACGACGUUCGACAGCAGCGGGAACGUGGAGGAGGUGUGCCGGCCUCGCACACGGAUGCUCUGCGCCCAGGGCACCUACACCCUGCCAGGGCCUGGCAGCUCCGCCACCCUGCGUAUCACCGCUGCUGAGAAGAAGAUGCAGCAGCCCUGCACCAGCGCCACCCUGAACCGGCUGACAGUUCCCCGUUACUCCAUCCCCACCGGGGACCCGCCGCCGUACCCUGACAUCGCCAGCCAGCUGUCGCAGGGCAGGAGCAUUGCGCAGAGGCUGGACAGCACUAUCAUUCACGCCACUCUGCGGAGGAACAGCAGGGAGGCGGCGCUGAAAAUGGCCCAGCUGGUGGAUGGCCAGAGAGCCACCUUGCAACUUCCCCCCAAAGCCAAGAGCAGCGUGGUGACAGCGCAGUACCAGCAGAGAGUACCCACUGCCCUGUACACCUGCAGCCAGUGCAGCAGCAGCGGCAGCACUGCGAGCGCUGGUGGUAUGGGCAGCAUGGCUAACGCCAAUGCGAGCAACAGCACUUCCAGUAUUGGUGGCAUGAGACCUGAUCUGGGCACGGGGAGUGGCUCCCAGCACAGCUCUGUCCUCGCUCACUCCGUCAGCACUUCGCCUCUGGCCUCCCAGUCCUCCUACAACCUGCUGAGCCCGCCUGACAAUUCCCGUGACCGGGCGGAUUAUAUCAACUCCGCCUUCACGGAAGAUGAGGCCCUUUCUCAGCACUGCCCAGUGGAAAAAUCAAUACGGCACGUACCCGUGGCCUUGACGGAGGCUGCCAUCAGUGUAAAACGGCCACCGCCCUACCAGUGGGACCCUAUGGUGAGUGAAGAGAUAUGGGUUCCUCAGGAAAGGACAUCUCAGAGCUCAGUGCCCAACCCUCUAAAACCGGCUCCUCUCAUCAUCGGACAAGCGCAGCAUCUGGAUAUGUCUCGAGUGCCAUUCGUCUCCCCUAAGUCUCCGACCAGUCCCACUGCCACUUUCCAGACGAGUUAUGGGGUUGGAGUACCAUACCCAGGAAGCUACAGUGCCCCCCCCCUUCAGGGAAUGCAGCCCCCCUGCUCCCCCAAAGAAGCUCUGGCCCCCACACAGUUUGCACAGCAGGAGCCAACCGUAGUGCUUCAGCCAGGUUACCCGCCCAACCUCUCCUAUUGCCCUCUGCCACCCAUGUAUCCGGGAAGUAGCGCCUGCUCUAGUUUACAGCUGCCACCGAUAGCCUUGCACCCGUGGAGCUCCUACAGCGCAUGCCCACCCGUGCAGAACCCCCAGGGCACUCUGCCCCCCAAGCCGCUCCUCGUGGUGGAGAAGCCGGUCAUGUCUCCCCCGCCGGCAGAGCUUCAGGGCCACGUGGGCACAGAGGUAAUGGUGGAGACGGCGGACACCUUCCAGGAGGUGCUCUCCUUGACUGAAAGCCCUGUUCCUCAAAGGACAGAUAAAUUCGGCAAGAAGAGCCGGAAGCGACUCGAUAGUCGCGCUGAGGAAGGAAAUGUGCAGGCUAUCACUGAGGGCAAGGUCAAAAAAGAGGCAAGGACACUGACUGACUUCAAUUCGCUAAUAUCCAGCCCAAGGCUGGGGAGAGAGAAGAAGAAAGUCAAGAGCCAGAAAGACCAGCUGAAGUCCAAGAAGCUGAACAAGACAAAUGAAUUUCAGGAUAGUUCAGAGAGCGAGCCAGAGCUUUUUAUCAGUGGGGACGAACUGAUGAACCAGAGUCAGGGCAGCAAAAAGGGUUGGAAAACCAAAAGGAAUUUGAGGACAGCCAGUGAGCUGGAUGAGUUCAAGUGCCGUAAGGCCAGCGAGAAGGAGGACGGGAGGCUGGGGAGCCAGGGCUUUGUGUAUGUGAUGGCCAACAAGCAGCCGCUCUGGAACGAGGCAACGCAAGUCUACCAGCUGGAUUUCGGAGGGCGGGUGACCCAGGAGUCUGCAAAAAACUUCCAGAUUGAGCUGGAAGGGCGACAGGUGAUGCAGUUUGGAAGGAUUGAUGGCAAUGCUUAUAUUUUGGACUUUCAGUAUCCAUUUUCUGCAGUGCAAGCCUUUGCUGUUGCUCUGGCUAAUGUGACUCAACGCCUCAAAUGAACAAGCAGAGACUGGAGAGAGAAAAAUGUUGACAAAACCUUCUCGUAAAGUCCAAACCGGAAAAUGUCAGAGCAGCCUGCUUUAGGUGCACAGAGGUGCCUGGGAGCGAAGAAGGCCGUAAAACUGGAAAAGUCUCUUGGUGCCCAACACAAGGGCAUUAACUCUAAUCAGUCAUGGGGUGGAGGGUGGGGGGCUUUUUUCUGUUUUGUUUGUUUGUUUGUUUUCAAGUGUUUUCUUUUUUUAAAGCAUCGUGCUGGGUUUCAGAAAGAGCAAAGGGUUGAGAGCCAUUCAGUGUUAUGUGGAGAAGUGUGGCUUUUGGCUUGUUGUGGUGGUUCUGCCGUGUUUGCUACAAUAGCUGAUGUAAGCUCGUAGGGGGAUUAAAAAAGACUGCUCUUUUUGAUAGACUGCCUUAUAUCAUGCUGUUCUUUUUAAAACAGGGAACAUAACUUUUUUUCUGGUCCAGUUUGUACUACUACUACUACAUCAAAGAUAGCAGCAAAAAAAAGAAAAAAAAAAGAAGCUAUAAUACUUGAAGACACGUGUUUCUUCUCUGAUCUCUGAUAAUAACUGAGCACCACAAGUUCCAAGGAGGCUUAUGUAGGUCAAUAUUUAAUUUAUAAAUAAUGAUGUGUUAUUCAGAAGAGAAACAAAACUGUUACCAAUGGGUGGUUUUAAAACCCAGUGUAUCAAAGAAAUUGAUGUCUGCUUGUUUUGUGUGCUGUUAUUGGGGAUAAACAUCUUUAAUUGGGUGACAGAAAAGACGGGAAGAAAUAAUUAUGAGCUUCUUUGCUCAUAUUGAUCAGCAGUAUUCUUCGAUUUGGCCUGCAGCUGGGAGAGGUACAGUGUGGCCAGAUGUACCUCCAAGGCCACUCCUAUACAUGCUCCUCAUUUAAAUGUGUUUACACUUUAUAAACAAAGUUGUUCAAGUGAAUGAGAAGGCCCAGUGUAUUCAUCUUCCUAGCAAUCAAUACAAAUUGAGUUCCACAACAUUGUACCUGUGCUAAAAUUAGGAAGGAGACAGAAGCAUAGCAAGUCAUUACAGGAAGUAAUUUGAUCAGGAAGGCAAUUUCAUUACAGGAAACAACAUCAUGUCUGGCAGGAGAACAAAUGAGUUAAAAGUGGAAGGAAAAAUUGGACAGAGUCAUCCCUUUUAUCACCUUCCUACUUGAGUAGUCCUUGUGACUGUUGUUUGAGAAUAUAACGCUCCAGAUAAGAGUGGCAAGCCAAAGUUUAAAUGGAGUGUUACAGGUGAAGGCUUAUUAACAGUAGCACAGCUCUUUCUGGCUGCAGUUUUUUUCUGGUGGACAUGCAGACCUGCUGAGCAUUUCAGAAGGGUUGCUUGCACAGAAGAGUUUCUGUGUCGUCCAUUUUUUGUGUACAUGUUUAUUUGCUUUCUCUCUUUCCUCCUUAACUGCAUUUUGCUAUGGAAUAUGUUCUGAUACGGAAGCAGUUUCCUCAGUAAUACACAAAAACAUAAUCAUUCAUGUAAUUGUUUGGAUAUUAGAUUACAAAAUGCAACUGCAGAUUUCCUUCAGAAAUUACUUUUUUGACAUGAAAGGCACACAGAGGAAGAUAGGUUGGUUGAGGUGUUGAUGGCUGCUUUGUCUUUGUCUUUCAUCCGGUUUAACUUCUUACUUGAAAAACUGUAUAACUUAAGAUGAAUAGAUGUGAUUCUCUCAUUGCUUUUUUAAAAUUCUAGUGGUAGGACAGAUCUGUGUUGCACCUGAUUCCUUCUAGACAAACAUCACUGAAGAGAGGACCCUGCUGUAGCAGAAGUUACCAAAAUGCAGUGAGGUAGUAACUUCUGCUCUGCUGAGGCUUCUAAAGCUGUGCAGCACAGAGGGAACGAUACCAGUCAUAGAGGAGUUUCAAGUUACUGCCAAGAGAGAUGACGAGGCAGAUCAUCCACAGGUAACGUCCUGCAGGGUGAGUCCAGAAAGAACCCUCUGCAAGGUGGUUUCCUUGGAGAGAGGAAGUAGAGGUAGGAAAGAAGGAGGGGGGAAUAGACGGCUCCAUGCCUGUAUUAUGCCAAAGCUGAGCAGCUUCUGCUUGCAUGUCAGGCACAACAUUCCCCUAGGCAUCUAACAGACUGCUGUUUGCUUUAAUUAAUUAGUUUUGUUGAAUUUCUAUCCGUUGUCUGGGCCCAUUUGUAUUCCUUCUCACAUGCAUGACUUACUCAGCAGUUUGCCUGCCUAUAUGUGUAAUGUGUGUGGGACAGAGGAACCAAAAUGGAUUUGGUCCUGUUCCCUUUUAAAUCUGUGGAAAUUGUUCUCUCUGAUUUUUGUGGAGGAAGCACUAUUAAGCCCCUUGUUUAUAUUGAGUUACACGCUGUGCAAACAGUCGGUUGAAUUCUCGGGUCCAUUGAUUUCAGUACACGAGAAGGAAAGUUGGCUGAUGAGUGUCCUUUCCUGCCCAAAGGUCUCUGCUAACCAGUCGGACCCUAAUUAGAAUAUAACAGGCAUAUGCUGAACGCCAUAAGACAAGAAACAUAUUGUGGCAUGCUGAAAGGAAUAUUGCCUGUAGUUUUAAGCCAACAUUUUUAUCACAUGCAAAGAACAUGAAUGUUUUCUUGUGUGUUUUUUUUCUUUUCUUUUCUUUUUUUUUUUUUUCUGAACAAAACCUAAUGUAAGAAGACAGACUUCUGUGUGCAGUUUCUUUAACUUUCCAGGGAAUGGUAUUCCUCUUUACUUGGUUCAUAAUCAUUUUUUUCCAAUUAUCAACAGAUUUAUGCUAAUGUGAAAACAGAAACUGAAACCAGAUAUAUCAAGUGACAGCAUUAGUAAUGUGGUUUCAUUGGCCAAGGUUGGGAUUGUAUCAUUCUGGUAGCACUUACAAAGAUCCUUGGCAUAGAAAGAGACAUUGUUCUUUGGCCCAACAAAGCACAAAGAAUAAUUAUCAUAAAUCGGGAAAAUAAAUGCAAUUUCCAAUCUUCCUGUUUACUUGUCAGAAGGUAUUAUAGAAUAAGAUAAUUCUUUUGUCUUUUUGAAAAUACUUUGACAGAGUCCCUUUAAUUGAGGAUUUUAAUAGUGUAGGGAAUACCCAGUAUUAGAGAUAUAAAACUAUAAUAAAUAUAAACUGUCCUCAAAUAUGUAGAAUUGUAAAAAAAUGGGUGGAAAUUAUGUAAAUUCUGAGAAUGGAACUGGAUCCUCAAUUAUACAAAGAACAAGUGAAAGCAGCAGUUCUUUUAUUUUUUCAUUGAGAUGCAAUAUGAGAAACAAAUUUAAAAGCUCCCCACAAAAUAAUCACUUAAAUCCUGAAGAUUGCUGUUGCAUUCAGCCAAUAGAUAGAUUUUAUAUUUUAUAUUUAGUUAGUAAAAUCCAGGUUUUUUGUAGAUAACUAAGUUCUUCUAGGAAGAAUGUAGCAAGGUGUUCAGAAAUACGUAGUUCUUUUAUACACACAGUAAUUUCCAGUGGUUGAAUAUGUUUUUCCAAAGCUUUUUUUUUUUUUUUUGGUUGUGCAAUAAUUGUGACAGUCCUAGGGGUUUUAUGGUUUUUAUGUUGUUGUUGUUUGUUUUAUUUUGCCUUUUUUUUUUUUGAGGGAUUUUUUUAAAAUAAUUUAAUGCAGAAUUCCUGUUAACGUCCAAAAGACAAAUUAUUUAUCUUGUGUAAUGUAAUAAGUGAUUUAGGGAUUAUUUUAUUACUAUGUAUCGGUGAGUUAUACACACUUUCUUAUUUAUAUUUAAAGAGCAUCUUUGUAAGUAAUUGUUUGCUAGCAGUAUGUUUUGCUGCGAGAAGUUCAAAAUGCAGAUAGGAAGACCUGGUUUUGUGAGAUAUUAUGCAAAAUUUCAUAAUUCAGGCAGGCAAAAAUAUUUUUUUGGCAGCUGAAAGCAGUGAGUUUGCUCUGGGGGACUGCGUAGACUACGAAGAGUAUAGACAACUUCUUUGGGACCUGCAGAAAUCUGUCCUUCUGCAUUGUGUAUUCUCCUGUGUUUCAAACUAUAUAUUUCAGCUGGGAGUGCUUUUAAAAAUAUAAAGCUUUCCUUCUUCUUUAGUACAAUGUUUUUUUUUUCUUGAAAUAUAAAAUAUGGUGGCUUAUGUGAUAAAAGAGGGUAUAAUACAGGCUCAGUUUGUAAGGAGUUCAUUGCAUAGCUUAGUAGUGUUUAACAAUGGCAUACUUCAUUGCUGUGCAGAGACACACAAACUAGCUUGGUAUAAGCUGGCUGUGGCACAAGAAAGAGUGCAGCAGGACGUGUUUCCCUCUGCUCAGACUAACACACUCCUUCAGCUGGGCUCAGCUGAUUCCAGCAUAGCCACAGUGCUGCAGGCACCCAAGCUAGUGCUGCACAGAGCUGACUGAGCAGAGCCCUGACACUGCCUACAGCAGCUUGGCCUCUUUGAGGUGCUCCACCAGAGACCUGGAGGAGCAGGUCUUCCUCCACUCUUCCUUCCAGUUCAGCUCCAAGAGCAGCAUUGAGCUGCAACAAGGUUUAGCUGCAGCAGCUUUAGGCAGAGAAAGCUCCACUGUGUCAGCUGGUGGCCAUUUGGAGUCAAGAGUCUGCUCCACUGGAGUUGCAAGGGAUGCAAUGGAAAACCUGAUACGUUAAAAAAAAAAAUCCUCAAAAUAAAGCUCCUAACAGAGUAUGAAGAUUGGUACUUAAAGUCUUGCAUGAAGUGCACCACACACAGAGUAACCAACUCAAUCUUGAAACAGUGGGAAUAUCAUGUUUCUACAAUGCUCCAAGAAAGUAUGGGAGGGAGGGGGAUGAAAGAGUCAGAAAAGGAACUGGCACGUUAAUAGUUUUUCUCUGAGUUCCAGAGGCAGCAGUAAGAGGUGCCUCGAACUGCCUGAAUAUCGACUGUCUGACAGCAAAUCUGCACAUAGGUUCAUCCAGUUAGUAAGCCUUCUGUGAUGCAGGCACAGGAAAGUAAUUCCACAUUUCUCUCUCCAGUUUUGUUCCAUUGUUUCUAUGAAGAUGCAAGAAGGCACACAGGUGUCAGACAAAGAUACCUGCCUUGAGCCUUCACUUUCCACAGGCCCAGGCUUUCCUUGGUGUGUUUUUUUAGUGUCCUCUCAGAAAUUCCAGACAAAUCUGGGAGCUUGCCUGGUUGUUGCCUCAGACAACUUCCGCGCGUUUGCUUUUUUUUUUGCAGCCUGAUAUGUGUAAUCCUAUGUUAUCUUGGUGCCCUGUUACCUGUCAGCAACAGUUUAAAUCCUUGUGUGAAGGGAGCAAUGCGUGCUAAAACUGACUUGAUUAAGAGAAAAAGGAGAGAAGACAGAGUAAGUUUUUAUUAGCUUUUAAGAAUGUGUGUGCCAGAGCAACAGUUUGGAAAUCACACAUUUCUGCAGAGCCCAAAUGACUCCAGACCAGCAAAUCUGAGUUGGAGGUGAGUAACAGAUGAGCCAUUUGCUUGGGGUGCUAACAAAGGGCCAGCUUCUAGCCUCACUGGGUGGUUACACCAAGAUACGUAACAGUGGAACCUGACUCCAAAUGUACUUUACUGUCACUGCAUGAUUAUAAGGUAAGAAUGACUUACUUGACCCAUAUACCCACUUAAGAAAAUCAUAAAGCAUUAACCAACAACCAUAUUGACAAUUCUGUAUAAGCCCCCCCCAAGAACACUAGAAGUAAAAUUGCAGCCACAGUAGUCUUUCAGAAUUUUGUCUUUUAUUCUCAUUUCUAGGACUCCCUCACAGGAGAUUAAGCUGGUUUUAUUUAGAGGUUGGCAUACUGGUUUUCCCAAUAUAGGAGAGCAAAUAAUAUCACACUGCUUUCAAAAAUGGAACAAUUCUGGUAGAGGAAUUUUUUCAUUUUUAAGUCCCUUCACCUUCAAGGCAAGCACAAUCUUCCAUCAGCACAUACCGGUCUGGAGUCCUACUGCCCUUGGGAGUAGUCUGCAGGUAGGCACCACAGGUCCUUCUUGAAGGUUUGGAAUUCACAUGCAUCAUUCUUGAAGGAAUAACAUUAAUUACUACUUGUGAACGAUGGGCUAUGUGAAUGAUUUUAUCUUCAUGUUUAUUUAAUUUUCCUCUAAAAAAAAUCCUGCAGAGAAGUUUAAGAUUAAAAGACUCAGCUUUGCAUGUUGCCUGGUACCUCUGAAGAUGUAUUAGGAGAACAUUUAUUUGGGCAGCUGGAUUGUUGGUACAUUUAGGAGGUUAGAUUUUUAAGACAAGAGCAAUUAACCAAAUAAGAGAAUAAAAUAGGAUUCAGCAAAGCAAUUCUUGCUAUGAAAAUUUAAAACUUCUCCCUUUAACUUUUGAUUUUUCAUAUGGAUCUAUAAUGACAGAUUUGUGCUUCCAGGCAAACCGAUUGUUAUGAAGCUCUAUGCAAAUGCAAAGGUUUGCUGACCCAGAGCUAGCUGACUGCAGGAUCAAAACAACAUGAUUUUGUGAGAGUUAAAAUUAAAUAAAUGAAAAUACUGAAUACUUACCUGUCCAAAGUGCUCAAUGAAAAAAUUAGAUGGUAUGAUAUUAAAGCCUGCCAGUUUAUUCUUAAUCUUUGCCCUCCCAUUUACAUAACUACAAAUUUAAAAACGUUGUCUAAUUCAGCGAUUCUGAAUCCUGACAAAUGUUGUUUAUUUGUGGAAUAUUUUUCUUACUGUCCAAAUAGAUGGUUGUUUCUGGUAAUAUGGAUUAACAUUAAAAGAGAAACAUUUUCUACCAGUGUGCAGAC